CCGAAGGCACCAUGAAUGGCGAGCGAGUAAACCCCAGACUUCUCCAAUUCAUCCACGAAUCCCCACCUCGAAUUCGUGGCGAAUGGCAGCUCGGCCUCCUCGCGGACUCCGAACCACCUGCGUUAACCGAUGACGAGUUCAAUGCGGCCAUGAAAAAGCUUAGAAAGCAGACUUAUGAUCCUCCUCAACCCAAAAGAAACACCUGGAAGAGGAGAGGAUUGUUUGGUAAUAGAAACAGCAGCAGCAGCAGCAACAACAUUAUCCACGAAAUUAAGAUUGAAAAGAACGAAGAAGAUAAGCAGUGUGCUAUCUGUUUGGAGUCAUUUGUGCCUAAAGAACAAGUUUUGAUGACUCCCUGCAACCAUAUGUUUCAUAGCAAGUGUAUUGUUCCAUGGGUGAGAAGCCAUGGAAGGUGUCCAGUCUGCAGGUUUAAGCUUUAUGAGAAAAAGGAGACGGUCCAGGGUCAAAAUUACAGAAAUUACAGUAAUAAUAGUGUGAAUAUUUAUGAAGAUGAUUUGGCUUUAGAUCUUAUAAAUCUUCUGAGAGCAAUGGAGGAGGCUUUUAUGUGGAUGCAUCUCACUUGAAAGGGCGAUGAUAGUAGAACUUGUUCUGAGGCUGUUUGAAUCUUUUUCUAUUUGUGUCAGAAACUGUGUUUGGCUUGCUUGUUUGAAUGAUUGUAAGACUUGAUUUAAUGAUGAUGUUUGGGUACUGGGUGAA